CUCCUCUCCUCCCCUCGCCGCUGGCCCCGCCCCCUCCUCCGAGUCGGAACUCGGCUGCCCUUAACAGCGCGCUCACUUGCAGCAAGUUGCGCGCCGCUUCUCGAGUGGAAGGUUCGCCGCCUCCGCGCCCCUCCCUCCCCCGCUGUUACGUUGCGCGCGGCCUCUGAGGAGAAGGAGGAAGAGGAGAAGCGGCGGCGGCGGCGGGGGGCGCUGGCGUGACAAGAUGUUGGCGGAAGAGGCGCCGGGGGCUCCCGACGGUGGCUGAAGAGGAGGCUGCGCGGCCCUGGCCUCUCUCCCUCCCCUUCCCGCUCCGCCGCCGUCCUUCCCUCAGGAGUCGCCGAGGAACCCCGGCUCAUGACAGCGAGCGCCUGGCGGGGCGGCCCAGGCGACAGCGAGCCUGGCUGAGGCGGCGGGUGGCGGGAGAACAGCGCCUCCUUCCUCCUCACGAGACCGCGCGCCGCCAAAGUUUGCCGCUCGCGGGCGGGCGGCGAAGAGACGUCGCUGGCGAAGGGAGGAAGAAUAAAAGUUUCCUCUUCUGUUUUUCUCCUUCGGAGGCUCGGCUGAUUUGGAGGACGCAGCGGGGGCGGGUCUUUGCUGCGUGCCGGCCGCCCCCUUUGGUUUAACCCUCAUUUGGUCUCUUCCUCGGAAAAGUAUCCAUUAUUUGGAAACCCCUUUUUCCUUUGGGGUAUCGGAUUAAGUGUAUCCCCUCCCUUCUCAAGGGUGUCGGAUUAAGAGCCUACUGUCUUUGAGGUGUUGGAUAAACAGCCUCUCCCCCCUCCCCCUUUGGAAGGUGUUUGGAUUCUUCCCCCUUUCUUUGGUUUUUUUUUUUUUGGACUUGGAAGAACCGCCCCCCCCCGCGGCCCCUAUUCCUUGGUGCACUGGAUUAAGUGUCUUCCUCUUCCUUGGCUGGUGGUGUCUUCUCGCCCGCCGCCGCUUGCUCUGCCUUCCUCCCCCCGCCCCUCCGGCGUGAUUAUAUGCUUCAAGGGAGAGGCGAUCCCCCCUCGUGCCUCCUCCUUGCCCAGCCAUGUCGGCGACGGCGAUCUCCGCCGCGGAGAAAGUGGACGGCUUCACGCGGAGGUCGGUGCGCAAGGCUCAGAAGCAGAAGCGGUCGCAGGGGUCUUCGCAGUUCCGCACCCAAAGCAGCCCCGUGGAGCUCUUCCCGCUGCCCCAGCUCAAAGAUGCCACCUCAAAUGAACAGCAAGACCUCUUCUGUCAGAAGCUACAGCAGUGUUGUGUAUUGUUUGAUUUCAUGGACUCUGUCUCUGACUUGAGAAGCAAAGAAAUUAAAAGAGCAACACUGAAUGAAUUGGUGGAAUAUGUUUCAACACAUCGUGGUGUGUUAGUUGAAUCAGCAUAUUCUGAUAUAGUGAAAAUGAUUGGUUCUAAUAUCUUCAGGACACUUCCACCAAGUGAAAAUCCAGAUUUUGAUCCAGAAGAAGAUGAACCUACGUUAGAAGCUUCAUGGCCCCAUAUACAGCUGGUGUACGAAUUUUUACUAAGGUUUUUAGAAAGUCCUGAUUUCCAACCUAGCAUCGCAAAACGUCACAUUGACCAGAAAUUUGUACAACAGCUGUUGGAGCUUUUUGAUAGUGAAGAUCCACGAGAACGAGACUUCCUAAAAACAGUGCUUCACCGAAUUUAUGGCAAAUUCCUUGGAUUAAGAGCAUUCAUCAGAAAACAAAUCAACAAUAUUUUUCUCAGGUUUAUAUAUGAAACAGAACAUUUUAAUGGUGUUGCUGAGCUACUUGAGAUACUAGGAAGUAUUAUCAAUGGUUUUGCAUUGCCACUGAAGGCAGAACAUAAGCAGUUCCUUAUGAAGGUUCUCAUCCCUAUGCAUACUGCAAAGGCUUUAGCUUUAUUUCAUGCACAGCUGGCCUAUUGUGUUGUUCAGUUCCUGGAAAAAGAUAUGACGUUAACAGAACCGGUUAUCAGAGGAUUGCUCAAAUUUUGGCCAAAAACAUGCAGCCAGAAAGAGGUCAUGUUUUUAGGUGAAAUUGAAGAAAUCCUGGAUGUUAUAGAACCAACACAGUUCAAAAAAAUACAAGAACCUCUCUUUAAACAGAUAGCCAAGUGUGUGUCAAGUUCACAUUUUCAGGUUGCUGAAAGGGCUUUGUACUUCUGGAACAAUGAAUACAUUCUGGGUCUGAUUGAGGAGAACAUUGAUAAAAUUCUGCCAAUUAUGUUUGGUAGUUUAUACAAGAUCUCCAAAGAACACUGGAAUCCGACCAUUGUGGCAUUAGUAUAUAAUGUGCUGAAAACACUGAUGGAGAUGAAUGGGAAACUGUUUGAUGAACUCACAAGUACUUAUAAAGCAGAAAGACAAAGAGAGAAGAAGAAAGAGCUGGAACGUGAAGAACUGUGGCAAAAGCUGGAAGAACUAAAGCUAAAGAACGCUGUGUCUGACCAGCCGAGCAACACGUCCUCUGUGACAAAUGCACAAAAUGAUCAAGUGCCAAAUGAGAGAGACAGCCUCUCUUUGUGAGGCAUGUUUUAUACACAUUUUUUAAAAAACUAUGUAAAAAUGCAAAAGAAAAACCUCAUCAGUAUAUUUGAAAUGGCCAUUUUCCCCCCUCUGGCAAAAUGUAAAUGAAAUUUUUUGAACUUAAAUACAAUAAUUGAAUGUGACAUUAUUUACCACAGCAUAUUGUAAAUUUGUCUCUAAUCAUUGCUAUAUUGUCACUUCUGACAUUUCAUAGAAAUGAAUUUUAUCAUCAAUGAUGUGUGUGAUUUAAUUAUGGGAGUGGUGAAAAUUAUGACUUGAAUUUUUCUCUUUUUUUAUUGUGUUGCACAUAGGCAUAGAAGUCAGCUAUUUACAUUUCCCUCCAGUGUGCUUUCACAUUACUCCAGACUUUGGCUGAGAUUCUGGAAGAAACUUCUAGGUUUUCUGUAUUUUCUCAGAUUAAUGCUGUAGUUGUAUUCCUACUUAUAUGGGAGCUAGCCCCAUUGAACUUAAUAGGGCUUGCUUCUGAGUAAAUAUGUCUAGGAUUGAAUAGCAGUCUGUAUCUGAAUGAGAUAUUCAUCAUCUGUCCAUUACAGAUUUCAGAGCUAUUCCUACAUAAAGAGGUUCAGAGAGCAAAGCGCUAUGGGGAUGGAGUGUAAAUGAAGCACAAGUUAAAAAUAUGAUACAGCACAUGUGAGCUUUAUGAUUGGAUAAAGAGAAACUGUCAUUGGCUUCCACUCAACAGUUGCUUUGCUGUGCUUGGCUCUCAUGUCUCUCUUUAGUGAGAAAUCAGUCAUUAUCUGUCUGGUCCUGUAACUGGGGGUGGAGCCAAUCAAUGGAGCUCCUAACUUAGCUCAGGACUCCUUGUAGAGAGCCUAGCAGUUUUUGCUUUCAGCUUGGCUCUGCAAGAUGGUCCAGUCUCUUAUUAAAGGUGCAAUUCCUAUUCGGGUAUAGAAACAUCUGUGUGACAAAACAGUUCCUUUUGCUUUAAGAAAAAUACAGUGUGCUUAUUUAAGAUGGGAAGCUGACUCUAGAAGUCUUGUCUGUUUUUUACUUGAUCAGGUGGUGUGUUGUUCUUUUUUUUUUGCAGAACUUUCUAUCAGAGUACCAUUCCAGUCUCUUAAAUUGCAAUUGUGCAGAAAAUGGUUUUGUAUUGAAAGAUUGAGGGAUUGAGCAGCAUCAAUAAAGUCUUUAUGUUUGUAA